UUUGUUGCUCUCACCGUGUAAACAAACGAUAUGAAGAACGAAAGCCGCGCCGCCUCGCUCCUCCGGAAGGGACGGGGAAAAAAUUUAAAUCUCGAUUAGCUUCUUUCCAAAGCCUCGUCACCCGCUUCUCCCCUUCUCUGCCACCUAUAAAAGGGGUUCGAUCCCUCCUACUCUUCUCCCUUUAAGCCACUUGACUAUGGAGCCAGGGCAAUGCUCUGGUACCAAAGAAACCGACGGCGACGUCUGGGCCAAACUCGUGCCGACCGAUUCCAGCUAUCCGGUGAUAGAAAUUAGGUCACAAGAUACGAUUAUAUGUUCUGAAGUCACUCCUUCAUCGAUUGAUAAGUCAAAAUGGUGUGAAAUUAAGCGAUGCCCGGAUAAAGAUUCGACAAUGAUUAGAAGCACAAGCUCAUUUUUGUGUUUUAUUUACCCAAUAUCUUAUGGGUCAAGUUUGUCUGCAAUAAUUGUUGAUGGAACUGUUGUUGGAGAAGAAGCUGUGGAUAUAAAAAGCGGAAGCGAAAUUAUCUCGGGGCCUGAUAGAAGUGGGUACUUGAGUUAUAUUUUUGAAGUAAUACUCUUUCAGCAACGUGACAGUAAAAGUUUACAGAUCUCUAUAGAUGUUGAGCAUGCAAAAUGCAGUAUAUGCUUAAACCUAUGGCAUGAUGUUGUCACUGUUGCUCCUUGCCUCCACAACUUCUGCAAUGGCUGUUUCUCAGAAUGGUUAAGAAGAUCAUCAACCCGGUCACACGGCAAAAAUCAAAGUGUUAUCUGUCCGCAAUGCAGAGCAAUUGUACAUUCUGUUGGAAGAAACCAUUUUCUGCAUAAUAUUGAAGAGGCUAUACUGCAAACUUUUUCUUCUCUAAAGCGUUCUGAUGAAGAUAUUGCAUUGUUAGAUACAUAUGCUUCAAUUAAGUCAAAUCUUAUCUUGGGGAUGCAGAAAAAUCCACCAAAGAAGAGACCUUUGACAUUUGCAAGUGAUGAAAGCAAUGACAUGGAGCUUCCAUGCCCCCAGUGUGGUGCCGAACUUGGUGGGUUUAGAUGCAGUCUGACCACUGCUCACCUACAGUGUGAAGGAUGUGGAGGAAGGAUGCCAUCGAGACCUGAAUCUGGUGUACUUCAAAAUUGUUUAGGGUGUGAUAGAGCAUUUUGCGGGGUUUAUUGGGCCGCUCAAGGUGUGGAUGCAGAUGAGUUUAAUGUUAUUUGCCAUCCAGACACAUUCAAACCAAUUUCACAACGUACCAUCUCAAGAAUACCAGAUUCAACACAUCAGAAUAACCGAUAUGAAAGAGAAAUCACAGAAAGGUGCAUACAGCAAACAGGGAAGACGCUGCAGGCUAUGAUCUCAGAUUGGAUCGUAAAAUUUGUCAAUAGAGAAAUUGACCGGACAAAUUUGCAAUUAAAACAUGCAGAGAAGAUCUCCUCACGGACAUAUCUUUGCAAUGAUUGUUACAACAAAUUCAUUGAUUAUCUCUUGUACUGGUUUCGAGUGUCGAUGUCUCGACUUCUUCUCCCACGUGAUGCAUCUGAAAGGGAAAACUGCUGGUAUGGUUAUUUGUGCCGCACCCAGCACCACAGCGACGAACAUGCUCGGAAGAGGAACCAUGUAUGUCGCCCAACAAGAGGCAGCAUCAAUAUGCACAAGUCAUUUUUUUCUGUGUGGGACAAGAACGUCUCUCUCAGUGUUUUGACUCUUCUUCAGCCUUGUUGAUUCCAGUUUCAUGCUAAACUAAAGGUUGUGUCGCUAUUUGCUGCUAUCCAGAUGCAGUAGCAAAAAUUCAUGCCGGUAACAAAGAAGAGGUGUGUCUCUUUGAGGACUAGAAGUCUUUUCCUGCAGUCAAUAAUUAUUGAUUAAAGAAAACCAAUUCAAGAUUUGUCACAUGCACCACGCGGGAUCUGACAACACCGUAGUGUGUUUGGUCGUCUGCAACGUCGAUGAGGCCAAAGAUUCUUCGUGGUUGGAGGGAGCAAGGACUGAUGCGGGACCCACAGACGGGCUAAGCAAAGGUGAGUCCAAAGGUCCGGAAGGGACCACGUUGCAUGGUAUAAAACUCCACAAGAUCUUUGAAUUGGACGAGGGUGGGGCCGCGUUAGAUUAUUCUUUCGAACGUUAGGCAACGUAUGAUUGCAAGCAUUUCUGCAAAGGCCAACCUUUGAUGAGGCGGUUCUCGCCGCUGAGUCAUUGGAGGGUGAGGAGAUCCGAAAGUAUCGUGAAGAUUGUGCGCCAAAAAAUAUGCUGUUUGUGGAAUAAAACUGGCAGAGUGCAUUAUCUCAAGAGAGUAUGCCAAAUUGGCAGGUGGGCUGCCAAGCUUAUUGGCUUGUCAACUCGAGCCAGGUCAAUCUAGUUCUGUGUUCACUCCUUGCACAUUCUUUGGUUGCAGCUCUUAACUACAUUCUAAGCCGGUGCUCA